UAUGAAGCUACGUUAAAUCACAGAGACAUUUUUAAAACUGCAAUGGAAAUCUUUCUGCAUCAUAAAACUUAUUUCACUUUGCAAACUGUUUAGGCGUCUUAAACCUACGUCCUUAUCGUUAAAAAAAUUAAAAUCCUAGGUUUAAAUUAACUAUCACGGUAUGAAAGAAAUGGGAGGCUCCGGAAAGAGCGUGCUUUUUCUGACUAGUUCAUAGAAAGAACUUUGCUAUAAUGGGAUAGAAUUUUGCUUUCCUAAAUAUAAGGAUUCAAACAUGCCUUGAAUUCUCCCGCCCUCCCUAAGAAAAAUUCACAGAGUAAAACAAAUAAAUACGUCUAUGCCACUCCCGGUGCAGAAUGGGUGUUACUAAAGGCAGGAAUGUGUAGAGGAGAAAAGAUGGGCCUGGUGGCUGUGAAUUCUCUCCAUUCAAAAUGUUCUGAGUUGUGGCAAUACGAAGCGAUAAGUGAAAGGGACUGGAACUUUAGGUUUACUGAAAGAUUCUUGGUAUUCUAAUGUGGUGAUCACUUCGGUUCAAAGCCAGGAACCUCAGCCUUUCCAGGUCCUGGUGGAGAAAGCUGGAGACUCCCGGGCAGGACUGGGCUGUGGGAGGCAGGGAGACUGACCCAGUUCAGCGCCGGGGUUGGCGCUUCCAAGCCAGAUGGCGGCGCUUUCCACUCUAGGUUUUUUGCAACCUUGUAAGGAAGUGGGCGCGGGCUGAGCGGAGUCUGCGCUUUCUGAUUGGCUGGCCGUCUCAGUGAUUGACAGGACCCCGGGCUCCGCCCCCGCCCCUUUAUUGACACUAAUGAGCAAGUUCUUCCCACCGCUCUCCUGCCUGGAAGUGCUGACAGAUCAAGGCAACAAAUUUCAAUUACAAUCCCUAAUUUGUGUCCGCAGAGUGUUUUUUACCCAUGUUAGUUCUCUCUGGCGCAUCAGUCGAGGCAGAUCUUGGAGCAGCAGGAGGAGGUGGAGGGGGUGGGAGCGAAGGAGUCCAUCAGUGAGAGAGCGCGCGCGAGAGACCGAGGGAAGGAAACUUGGCGGGCGCGUCGCUGGUUCCUCGGAUCUCAACACAGUCGCGAGAGAGGAAACGCCAAAUUUGUCUCUGCCCGCGGCGGGGAAGGGCGCUGAUCUGGGCCUGCGGGAGGCCCCGAGAGUCGUUCAGAUUUUGGUGGGGGAAGGAGAGCGAGUGUGUGCGUGUGCCCGCGCGCGUGUAUAUGAGCGAGGGGCGGGCGCCGGGCGGCGGGGAUGGCCGAGAAGCGGAGGGGCUCGCCGUGCAGCAUGCUAAGCCUUAAGGCGCACGCCUUUUCGGUGGAGGCACUGAUCGGCGCCGAGAAGCAGCAACAGCUUCAGAAGAAGCGGCGAAAGCUGGGCGCUGAGGAGGCGGCCGGGGCCUUAGAUGACGGAGGCUGCAGCCGCGGCGGCGGCGCCGGCGAAAAGGGCUCCUCCGAGGGAGAUGAAGGCUCUGCGCUCCCGCCGCCGGCUGGGGCGGCUUCCGGGCCCACCCGGAGUUGCGCAGACCUGGAGCGGAGCUGCGGCUCCCGGGGAGCCGCGGGUGAGUCGGCCCCUCCCGCCUAAACUUCUUCCCCGCACGUCCCCUCCCGGUCCCGCGGGCCCGUACCGCCGCGGAGAACCUGAACUUCUGCGAGUUGUGGGCGUGCGAGCGCGCGGUGUCCCCACGCACCCAGGGCAACUCGGCCACAGGCGCUCUAGCGGUGGGUGUCAGGGCUCAAAGCUCCCGCUGCUGUGGCCGCUCCUCCGCGCAAUUCGGGUCACGGUUCAAACGGUUAAAAUGCCGCUUCCAGUCUGGCUUCUCAGGCGGCCGCCGCCCACUCGGCGAAGCUCACCCGUAGCAGCUGCAGUUUGCGGCGCUCAGCGGUGCAGAUCUGUGCUUUCCGCAUCUGCCUCCCUUGGGCUUCUAGCCCCUGGGUGCUCUUUUUUAUUCCCUAACUUUUCAAAGCUAAAGAGUGGGGUGAGCGACGGCGUACCCCCCCACCCCCCGAAACCGAAACAAAUGCCUAAACCAUUUGGGCAAACCAGGAAGAGGGCGGUGUAUUUGCAAACGUGGUUUCCCAAGGGCUCGCUAAGCGGUUCCCUUGCCUCCCCCCACCCUUGGUUCCCGCUGCCAAGGCCGACGGCGAUCUUGGGCUUGUUUUUCGCGCUCUUCUCUUCCCUGUGCCGCUUUGCUAAGACGCUCAGGACGGCCAGGGAGUUUGGCGAGAGCGGUGUCUGGACAGAUUGCUAGAGGAUGCCUCCGGCCGGGCCCUAAGCAAGGACGCCGAUUGCGAAGCGAGGCCCAAGGAUCUGAGACCAGGAACCCGAGCGCCAGGCGCUUUUGCUCUGUGCUCUCCAUGGCUCGGGGUGUAUCGGGCACGGAUCCCAGACUCCGGCUGCGGCACAAAACUUAUUUUGGGGCCUUGACCGGGCGGAAGCAGGGAGGGUGGGGUGGACUUGGGCCGCACGCCUCUUCGGGACUUGAGACUUGGGGGCCAAGAGGGCCCGACUUGAGCGUCGAGUGUCCGUCCCUUCGGCUGGCGGAGCAGGUAUUUAACUACCCGUGGGCCUGUUACAAGGGCCGGAUGGCAGGAACGCUUCCGUUUUUCCCGCGGCCCUUUUCUCUUCCCAGUCGCCCUCGGGGGGUUUAUCUCCCCACGAGGCUUCCCAUCUCGAGCCCUCACCGGUACCCCCUCUCUGCCCUUUGCUGCCCAGGCGGCUGUGAGGAUGGCUUCCUGCAGGGCGCUUCCCCGCUGGCAUCCCCAGGAGGCUCCCCGAAGGGGUCCCCCGCGCCCGCCCUGGCCCGGUCCGGGACCCCGCUGCCCUCGCCGCAGGCCCCGCGGGUGGAUCUUCAAGGAGCUGAGCUCUGGAAGCGCUUUCACGAGAUCGGCACGGAGAUGAUCAUCACCAAGGCGGGCAGGUAUGUUUAUCACAGCUCUAAAUGGAUGGUGGCGGGCAAUGCUGACUCCCCCGUGCCACCCCGCGUGUACAUUCAUCCGGACUCGCCUGCCUCGGGGGAGACUUGGAUGAGACAAGUGAUCAGUUUCGACAAGCUGAAGCUCACCAACAACGAGUUGGACGACCAAGGCCACAUUAUACUUCAUUCUAUGCACAAAUACCAACCGCGAGUCCACAUCAUCCGUAAAGACUGUGGGGACGAUCUUUCUCCCAUCAAGCCUGUUCCAUCUGGAGAGGGAGUGAAGGCAUUCUCCUUUCCAGAAACUGUUUUCACCACUGUCACCGCCUAUCAGAACCAGCAGAUUACUCGUCUAAAGAUAGAUAGGAAUCCCUUUGCCAAAGGCUUCCGAGACUCCGGGCGUAAUAGAAUGGGUUUGGAAGCCCUUGUGGAGUCAUAUGCAUUCUGGAGACCUUCACUACGGACCCUCACCUUUGAAGAUAUCCCUGGAAUUCCCAAGCAAGGAAAUACAGGUUCCUCUACCUUACUCCAAGGUUCUGGGAAUGGCGUUGCGGCCACCCACCCUCAUCUUUUGUCCGGCUCCCCUUGCUCAUCUCCUGCCUUCCAUCUGGGACCCAACACCAGCCAACUGUGUGGUCUGGCCCCAGCUGACUAUUCCGCCUGUGCCCGCUCUGGCCUCACCCUCAACCGAUACAGCACGUCCUUGGCUGAGACCUACAACAGGCUCACCAACCAGACAGGGGAGACCUUCGCCCCUCCCAGGACUCCCUCCUACGUGGGCGUCAGCAGCAGCGCCUCGGUGAACAUGUCCAUGGGCGGCACGGAUGGGGACACCUUCAGCUGCCCACAGACCAGCUUGUCCAUGCAGAUUUCAGGGAUGUCUCCCCAGCUCCAGUACAUCAUGCCUUCACCCCCCAGCAACGCCUUUGCUGCUAACCAGACCCACCAGGGUUCCUACAACACGUUCAGAUUACACAGCCCCUGUGCCUUGUAUGGGUAUAACUUCUCCACAUCCCCUAAACUGGCUGCCAGUCCUGAGAAAAUUGUUUCUUCCCAAGGAAGUUUCUUGGGGUCCUCACCAAGUGGGACCAUGACGGAUCGGCAGAUGUUGCCCCCCGUGGAAGGCGUGCACCUGCUUAGCAGUGGGGGUCAGCAGAGUUUCUUUGACUCUAGGACCCUAGGAAGCUUAACUCUCUCAUCAUCUCAAGUAUCUGCACAUAUGGUCUGAUGAAGCCUUUAAGUUAAACUACAUUCGAAUCCAGCUAAUGUAUUUUCUUUCUUUGUUUUCUUUUAUUACUUUUUUUUUCUCUUUGGAAAGCAAUAUGAAAAGAAACUUAUCAAGUAGCUUGUAAAAUGUAUAUAUAAUAGAAAAUGAAGGCUCACUGAGGUUUUUGACUUCCUCAUGGUGAGACUGUGAUUAGCUAUGGUAUAUAUGUAUACUGUAUGUGGCAUGUGGAGUUUGCAGCCUACAAAACCACAUCCUCCCUCUAUUUUUCUCCCCAGUUGCACAGAGUAUUGGCAUACAUGUAGUAUGUUUAACCAAAGUUCUUAUACUUAAAAAAAAAAAACCAGCAAACUUAAAACUUGGCAAUGAUACUAACCAGACUAAGACGCAUAACUUAAUUUAUCAGGAAAAUGCUCUACACAGAUUUCCUACUUGAGUGUUGAUAACCAGCAGUAAACCAGCACACAGAGUCUUGCGAUUUGUUAUUCUUGGGCACAGUGUGAGAACCUAAGAUGCAAAAGCCAGUUGAAGUCUUAGUAAUAGUUCUGAGGUAUUUGUAAUCAUGAAGGAUUAGCUUUUGCGUUCCUGCUUGUUCUUAUUUAACACAUCUAUUAGGUGACUUUGGUCCUGUAAAAAUUCAUAGUCCAUAAUAAUUAUUUCCCUAAAGAAGAUAGAGAGGCUUGUAAUUUUUUCACUUUCUGUCAGAUAUAUAAGAGGUAUUUAUUCAUAUGCAGAGAAUAAAUUUCCAGUGUUUUGGACUUUCUUGGUUCAUUUUAUUUAGUAUCAAGUAGACCAAUAAAUAUUUUAAAUUCCAGUUUUCACCAGGAAAGGAAUAUGUGAUAUGACUGGAAUGGCAAAAAGAAAAUAAAUCCACCUCAAAUACUUUGAUUCCAAUGAAAAAUGUCUAACAUUUUAAAUCAAGAGGAAUAAUAUUUUCUGCUUUCCCUUAGGUUUUUAUAGUGUGGUUUUUUCAUUCAGGUUUCUUUUUCCAUCUUGCCUUGAGAUUCCUGACCCAUGAUCUAGAAGUAAAGAGAAAAGGCACUUACACUACUUAUUUAUGUGUCGAAAAUUCCUGCAAAUUGAAACCUCCCCCCUCCCUGAACCUUGUCCUUUUGUCUGAGUCUUUCUCAAAACAGAUAGAUUCUAGGCCUUCCUGGUGUUAAAUAGCGCUGUAAGGAAUUUCAGGAGGUUAUCUCCAGCAAUCUGUCUUUUGGGGGUUGCAGUGCAAAGGCCAAAACCCAUUACUAUAAAGUCCUUCUUGGAAGACUAAGGAGGAAGAUACCAAUUAUGAUAAAGGAGCUGUAAAACUUUUAACCUCAACAUCAUUUUUAGCCUUGAAACUGGAAAAAAAAAGAGAAAAAAACAGCAUUAUUUUUAAAAAUCCCCAAAAUAAUGUGUACAUGGUUUCAAAACAAGUAGUAACUUUGAUAGCACAAAAUGAGAUUAAUAGGAAAAGUUAAGAAUGCAAGGUGAAGAGCAUUACCAUCUAUUUGUUGAGAAUGAAAUUAUGUGUCUGGACAUUGACUCAUUACGUCUCAUAUGUUUGUCAAGCAAAAGCAGUAGGGUUUCCUUUCAAUGCUAAACAUUAUCCUAUCCAUAGUUUGAUGGGUGACCAAUGUAGUUCCUAAUUUGCUUCUUUACUUUAAAGCAGCAUGGAUGUUAUAUGUUAGGGGGAUUACUAUUUGAACAGUAUUUUCACACAAUGUGACUCUUUAUACAUACUGAUAAAUUUCCUCAUGGAUUCUCUAGCAGUUCGUCAAGUGAGUAUUGAUCUUUAAAUUUAAAAUUAGUGUGAAGGUACAUGACAUAUUUCCAAUAGUUAGAUCUAUGUAACAUGUUUGUGUAUGGUAUUAAUAGCUUGAUAAAGAUUUGGGAAAAGUCCUUAUUAUGAACAUAUCCCAGCCUCAGAAUCUGGCAUAAUUUCAGGAGAACAAGAAGGUUUUCCAUCUUGAGAAAACAUGGAAAGUAGUGAUCUAUUCCUAUAUAUAUUAAUAAGAUGAGAAUUUUCCUUUUUCCUCUUUGUGAUUUGAGAUGAUACCACAAUACGAGGAGAAUUUUUAAUCUUUUCCUUUUGAUCAGCAAUAUUGUACAAGUGCUAUUUCCUUUAGGUUUUAUUGUAAAUAUUAAUCUUCAUGUCACUUCAAAGACUAGCCUUUUAUCAUUAUAUUAAAUGACAUACAUGCAUUGAUAAUUAUAAUUAUAUAUCUGUAUUUUAUUAAAAAAUACUUAAGAAAUUAUAUAUUAAAGUGUGUUACUAAACCCUUUUAUGACUUUGGAGAGGAAUCAUUUAAAGUGUCUAUAAACGGUGUUCCAAGAAUAGGCACACACAUGAAGACUCCAAACACAAAUUUUAUAGCUUACAAUUAUAAGGCAUGAGGAAAUGGGCCUGGUAUUCAUUUUUCAUGUGUUAAAUAUAAUUUCUUGGUGCCUUGACCAUGUCAUUGAAGGUGAAGCCCUGACAAAUGGUGAACACAUGAAAAUUCGAAUGUGAGAAGAGGAGGGCAGACUGGGAUGUUUUGUUUUGGGUCCGAGGGGGAAGGGCAAGGAUGUAAGAAUAAGCUACUUGUACCACUGACCAGUGAUGACAGAUCACUUUUAGACCCCUUGCCCAGAAAACAUUCCAAGGGACAUUGUGAUGAGGUGAGGUUGUUGCUAUCACAACCAGUCACAUUUUGAAAAUUAACACUUGCUUCCAUCCAAGCUCCCUCCCAGAGGUCAAUAGCUUUUCUCUAGUAGGGCACCCAGUUGCUGACCCCUGGUUUCUGGAAUGUAGGGGGGUGAGGAGACUUUGGUGGCCCCCAGAGGAGGUUGGGACAUAGUACUGCUGAUAUGGCAGUGGAUCACACACUUUAUAUUAGUGGAAUUUUGAACAGAAUGCACCCCACUUUUAAAAUGCGAAUUCCUCUUGAGACCUCACUCCCAAGAUAUAAACCUACAAGCAACUCACACCUUAGUAUGAAAUAGAUAGCACAGAAGUUUUGGAGAUAACUGGGGAUUUGAUUAAGAGAAGAGAGUAAAUUUUGGAGUAGGGUAGUUCUGAGAUUUGGAUGUGAAGGAGAAGGUGCAAGAAGAGUGAUCACUAACCAAGUCUGGGGUAAAGCCAUUAAAAAUAAUUUCUUAAGUGUUUUUCAGGAGUCAUGGUAGAGUUGGUGGGUGCUAUGCCGAUGCUAUCUUCUAUUAGGUUUGUAAAGAAUCCUCUAUUUCAAAGUGUAACUCUGCCAGGUGUCCUCAUGGAGAGUUUAUUGACUCAUCUACAUGGAGAGUUUCUUCCACUGGAAAUUAAAUCAUUUUAUUAAAUCAUUACCACAUUGUGUUUUAAUCUCAUUAAUCAUCAUUCCUUAAAAUAGGUGCUCAGAGAAGUUGCAGGUGAAGUUGACUAUGUGAAGAGUAAAGUAGACAUACAUGAUU